ACGACAGAGGUUGGAAAAUUGAUUACACUCUCCCCAAAAAUCCAAUUGAUUUCAAAAAGCCGUUGGUUGUGCAUGAAGUGGCCGAGAAUGUGGCGAGGAAUAGAGCCACGGAAUCUUUUCGUAAGAAGGGAGAAGCAGGGUUGAUGUUUACAGAAGUGAUGAAAGGAUGGUUUUCGACAGAAGUUACAAAGCGUGAUGCUUUCGUUACAGCAAAAGGCCAAGCCAAAUCUUCUCAAUCACGAAUGUCAUUCCUCUUGACCAUAAUUGCCUACGACUAUUCAACGCAUGAUUUAAUCGACAGCACAAAAGCCGCAAUCGCCGGAACCCUCUCUUGUCGCGCACUUUCAUCAGAUCCACUGAUGGUGACUGAUGGAUCCUUCCGUCUCUGUGUCGGUGACGAAUCAACAGUAGACACGUCUCGGAUGGAAUAUAAGAUGAGCCUGCUAACUACGGACGGAAGAAAGUUCAAGUUUGAUGGUUAUAAGAAAAUUACAAACAGGAAUUUCUUAAAGUCCUGGGAGCAAUCGAGUACCUUGUACGUGAAAGUAUCAAGUUGGGAUGAAGAAGACGUUAUUGGGUUGGGUGUUUUGAAUAUCAAAGUCUCAGAUUUUCUAAAACAAUUGACGACUAUGAGGGCUACAGGAGAUAACAAAACCGAGAAACUGCGGGUCAUUAUUUCAUUCAUUACUUACUUUGGCGGAAAAGUUCUGGAACAUUACUUUCCCGUCCUUCUGCCGCUCGAAUACCCGGGUGAUCUUAUUACAGAAUAUAAUUUGGUGAAGCCCUACGACUUGCGGGUUAGAGAUGAAGAUCUUUACAUUGUUACAGCUAAAGACGGAGUUGAGAACCAGUUAAGGAGAUACAGGUUACGGGGAAGAGAACACUUGGCGCCUGUGUUGCUGGUUCACGGAGCAGCAAUGACACAUGAAAUGUGGUCAACAGAUCUCCUCUCACAUAAUGUUGUUGACUUUUUACUGGACAAAGGCUAUGAUGUCUGGCUAGUUGAUUAUAGGAUGUCGCCAAUAACAAAAGCCUCCCACAGCCAGUCUACUCUUGACGAGAUGGUCUAUGAUGUUGCCGCUGCGAUCGACAAAGUUAAGGAAGUCUGCAAAGUCGAGAAAAUCGGCGUUAUUUCUCAUUGUGUUGGAUCGAUGGUUGUCUUUAUGGGAUUGUUGAACGGGGAAAUUACAGGUGUCGGAUCUUUGAUUUCUUCUCAAGUGGGAAUGCACACCGUCCCAGGUCUAGUUAAUAGAAUCAAAGCCGCUAUUCGCCUAGUUGGCUUUUAUAAAAACAUCCUUCGGCAUAAUCUGUAUGAUGUCCGCACAACCCGUGGCACAGACUGGCUGAACGGCAUCCUAAACUUUAUUCUCCGGUUCUAUCCUGUCGGCAAAGGUCAAUGCUGUAGAAGUGCUCUAUGUCAUAGAGCAUCGUUAUGCUAUGGAUUAUUGUACAGACAUGAGAAUAUUAGCGAAGCGAUUCACAAUAAUCAAGAUGAAUUCUUUGGCAUAGUAAAUCUUACGGCCAUGGCCCAUUUGAUGAAGAUGUUGAAUGCUGGUGAACUUGUGGAUGCUAAAGGACGAAAAGUUUAUGUAACUGAAGAGAAUAUUCGAUCAAGGUUGAAUUUCCCGAUUGCUUUUAUUAGUGGAAGGCGGAACGUAGUACUUGACCCAUACUCUACAAAGAAAUCGUUAGACGUUCUUUGGGAGAUUAAUGGUCGGGAUAAUUAUGACAGAUACGUUGUUGACGGUUAUGGGCACCUUGAUGCUUGGUGGGCAAACACUGCGCACGAGAAGGUAUAUCCAUGGGUGUUUGAUCGAUUUGAACAUACAAAAGAGCAAUUUUAUUACAAAUAUCAAAAGGCCGCGGCAACGACAGCAACAGCAACGGCUUCUUCCUCUUCAAACCAUGUCAAGGCGACGAAACAACCAAUCGUAUGA